GGCAAAGGAGGAUCGAGCCAUGGAUGAUGGGUCCCGUUGCGGGCAGCUCGACGCUUAAGCUGAUCUGGAACGGCUUCGUGGCCACCUCGAUCUGCCAGCGUUCUACACAAAUAAUAAAACAAACAUUCCUCCAUUCCAGUCUGCACAGCCGGAAUUUCGUUUCUUGAGGCUGUGCCUGCUACCUCAUAAAUACCCCUCGUCCAUCUCAUCCCGCGCGCACUCCGCAAUACCGCCUCCAUGCUCCAGGUGCCGAUUCGGGAGCAUAACAGCAACAUGGCCUCCACCAAGGCCGUGGUCCUAGUCGGAGGACCCUCCAGAGGAACUCGUUUCAGACCGCUCUCGCUAGAUGUACCAAAGCCCCUAUUCGAGGUCGCCGGCCACCCCAUCAUCUACCAUUGCCUCAAGGCUGUUGCGAAGGUCCCUGGACUCCGGGAAGUUAUUUUGAUCGGUUACUAUGACGAGACCGUCUUCCGUGAUUUCAUCAAGGACUCUUCCAAGGAGUUCCCUCAGUUGAAGAUCCAAUAUCUGCGAGAAUACACCGCGCUGGGAACCGCUGGCGGUCUCUACCACUUCCGCGAUGCCAUCUUGAAAGGCAAGCCGGAACGCUUCUUCGUAUUGAAUGCAGAUGUCUGCUGUUCGUUCCCGCUGUUGGAUAUGCUGAAGCUGUUUGAGGAGAAGGAUGCGGAGGCUGUCAUUCUGGGCACGAGAGUCAGCAACGAUGCUGCAACCAACUUUGGCUGCAUUGUCUCCGACUCCCACACAAAGCGCGUUCUGCACUACGUCGAGAAGCCGGAAUCGCACAUCUCCAACCUGAUCAAUUGCGGUGUUUACCUGUUCGCGACAGAGUGCAUCUUCCCUUCGAUCCGCAGUGCUAUCAAGAGGCGUACAACGCGGCCCCGCUUCGUCUCCUACCCUUCAUCAGAGAACCUCUCCUCGUCGUUCAUGGCCGAGGAGGAGGAGGGUGAGAAGAGUGAGGUCCUGCGUCUAGAGCAGGACAUCCUCUCCGAUCUCGCAGACAGCAACCGCUUCUUUGUUCACGAGACGAGGGACUUCUGGCGACAGAUCAAGACGGCCGGCUCCGCUGUGCCAGCCAAUGCUCUUUACCUCCAGAAGGCCUUCCAGGCACAGUCUGAAGAGCUCACUCCUCCAUCCGCCAACAUCCUGCCGCCUGUCUUCAUCCACCCCACAGCCACCGUCGACCCAACCGCCAAGCUCGGCCCCAACGUCUCCAUUGGACCCCGUGCCGUCGUCGGUGCCGGUGCCCGUAUCAAGGAGUCUAUCGUUCUCGAGGAUGCCGAGAUCAAGCACGACGCCUGCGUCCUGUACUCCAUCAUCGGCUGGAGCAGUCGUGUAGGCGCAUGGGCUCGUGUCGAGGGCACCCCAACUCCCGUCGGAAGCCACUCAACCAGCAUCAUCAAGAACGGCGUCAAGGUCCAGAGCAUCACUAUCCUGGGCAAGGAGUGCGCUGUAGGCGACGAAGUGCGCGUCCAGAAUUGCGUCUGCUUGCCAUACAAGGAGCUGAAGAGGGACGUUGCCAAUGAGGUCAUCAUGUGAUUUUAUCGCAUAUUUAGCGUUAUUAUAUCCCACCGUCAUCUUCUCGCAAUUUAAUCUAGAUCAGUGCCCUACCUAGUAGCUUAAAUCUCUCUCGUGAUGCUAAGUACGGAUUUACAAAUUCAAAAAAAUGGAAUAUUAUCUCAGAUCAAAAUCUUAAUAUCUAAGAACACAAUGGACGGGGAAAUCCCAAUGUACUUUAUCGUUAUUAUGGAUAAGAUCUCAACGAAUAUUUGGGUGA